UUGUUAAUUAGUGAUAUCUGCUAAGGGGUUUGUUAAAGUGAAGUUAAAAGUAUUGACACUUUAUAUUUCAAUUUUGUUCAGGAAACACGAAUGCGGUAUUUGUUAUGGUCCUGUUAAAGUGAACAUGGCGCACAGUGUGUGAGUGAUCUACAUCGUGUCCAGUGUUUUUGAAGUUAUUGAUGAAAUUAAAUUGAAUGGACUGAUGGACUUGAAAAGUUAAUUGGCAGCUCAGUAUCCGCACGGAAAACUCCACUUGCGCUUCCUCUUGUAGUGUUGCCAUGACUGUGGUCAUUGGGUUUGAGGGAAGUGCCAACAAGAUUGGCGUUGGCAUCAUUAGGGAUGGCGAAGUCCUUUCUAACCCAAGACGCACUUACAUCACUCCACCUGGCCAAGGGUUUAUGCCCAGUGAUACUGCCAAACAUCACCGCUCGGUAAUUCUCACAGUUCUUCGAGAGGCAUUGGAUGAGGCUAGGCUGACUCCUGCCGAUAUUGAUUGUGUAGCCUACACCAAAGGCCCAGGCAUGGGUGCCCCUCUCGUGACAGUGGCACUGGUCGCCCGGACGGUGGCACAGCUGUGGGGGAAACCACUGUUAGGCGUCAAUCACUGCAUUGGGCACAUAGAGAUGGGUCGGCUCAUCACUCAAGCCAACAACCCUACAGUACUUUAUGUCAGUGGGGGUAACACACAGGUGAUUGCUUACUCUGAACGGCGUUAUAGGAUAUUUGGUGAGACUAUCGAUAUUGCAGUUGGAAAUUGCCUUGAUCGAUUUGCUAGAGUCAUCAAAAUAUCAAAUGAUCCUAGUCCAGGAUAUAAUAUUGAACAAAUGGCUAAGAAGGGCUCUCAGUUUGUAGAGCUUCCAUACACUGUAAAGGGAAUGGACGUGUCUUUUUCUGGAAUAUUGUCUUACAUUGAGGAAGCAGCUCAUAAGAUGUUGAGUUCAGGACAGAGCACAGCUGAGGACUUGUGUUUCUCUCUUCAGGAGACGCUGUUCUCCAUGCUGGUGGAGAUCACAGAGAGGGCCAUGGCUCACUGUGGGUCACAGGAAGUGCUCAUCGUCGGGGGUGUAGGCUGUAAUCUGCGUCUACAAGAGAUGAUGGGUGUCAUGUGUAAAGAAAGAGGAGCCAAGCUCUUUGCCACAGAUGAGCGAUUUUGUAUCGAUAACGGGGCCAUGAUCGCACAGGCUGGCUGGGAGAUGUUUCGCUCCGGUUACGUCACUGAGUUGCCUGACUCCUGGAUCACUCAGAGAUACAGAACAGAUGAGGUGGAGGUCACCUGGAGAGACUGACAUUGGCGUUCCAGCUGUGGAUGA